AUGGGGAAGGUUGGCGCGCUGACGGGCCUCGGCAUGAUCCUCGGCCCGGGUCUCGGCGGCGCCCUGUCGGCGGGCGGCUUCGUCCUCGUCUCGGCCGUGGCGGCGGGGCUCACGCUGCUGAACUUCUGCCUCGCCCUGCUGUCGCUGCCGCGCGACCAGGCUGUGGGGCAGAGGCCUGGGAAGCCCCGGGAGCCCGCGCCGGGCGGCCGCGCCGCCCUCGCGGGGGCCGUGCGGGGGGCCCCGGGCCUGGCGUGCCUCUACGCGUGCCAGCUCCAGCAGAUGACGGCCUUCGGGCUCUUCACGGGGGUGCUGGCCCUCUUCCUGCACGACGCCUACGGCACGACGGCCGCCCACAUGGGCAGCAUCUACAUGGUGUCUGGCAUCGCGAUGGCCGUCGUGCAGGGCCUCGCCCUGGAGCCGCUGGCGUCCGCCCUGGGCCCGAAGCGGUGCCUCCUGCUCGGCAACGCCACCCGGCUGCUCAGCUACUGCAUGCUGAAC